AUGCACACAACGGGAUCGUUCGCCGGUGUCACAAUUUACUUCCUAUGUGUCAUCUCGACCGCCGUCACUUAUCCGACAAUGAGCACCAUUCAAUAUCGGGUCAUGAGGGACACGCCGCCGAGGAAGUGCUGCGUCGCCGGUUACGCGUUCAACGAAGACCUCGAGUGCGUUCACGUGAAGCCAGACAGACUCAGCUACAUGAUGGGCGAUACCUGGAGGACAAUGCAACAAGAGCGAGAGAUUAUCACGGUGAUCGCUGUGCCAGGCUUGAAUUGUCGCAAGGAUAUCAGUAUGUCGGAUAACGACCUUCUGCGUAACUACGCACCCGCAUCCAACAAGUACUGCGUCGAGAAAAUGACGAACGGCACGUCGGUGUUGGCCAAGUGUCCUUCGAGCUCGAACGCGGACCAAGACGAUGCAGCGGCGUUGAUGCUGAUGACGACCACGAAAACUAAAAUGAAGACCAUGACUAUCACCACGGUGACGACCAUCAGCAGGAUCAGGACGUCGACGGACACAACGAACGCGUCGGGGAAGAAGGGAGAGGAAACCGUUCGUCGCGGUAAUGGAUUGCGCGCGGUAGUCUUCUGGGGCGCGCAGACUUACAUGGACACCAACGUGGCGCACGUCGUCCUCUGCAUCAUCGUCGUGGCGGUCUACCUGUCCUUGCCGGAGCUAGGCAAGAGCAUAUACAAUCGCGCGGUGUUACGUCACAACAUUUGCCUGCUACUGCAAGGCUGCAUACUGACCUUACUCGGCUACUGCGACUUAUGCGAAUGCCCGAUGACUGACAAUCUCGCCGUGUUCCUGUGGAUAGUCCUGCAGUACUUCACCAACGCCACCGGCUUUUGGCUGAACGUCGUCUGCUUCGACAUGACUUUGUCCAUCACCAAGUUUCGUUGGAUGAUGGGUUCUGGUCGGCGCACUAGUCGCGAAGAAAACAGACGGCUCCUUUUCUACAGCCUUUUCGCCUGGGGUGGCGCCCUCAUUCCCGCCAUAGUCGCCCUCAUUCUCGAGUAUUGUCCCGGGAUCCCGGAGGACUUCCCGUUGAAACCGAAUUACCGCCGCUACCUUGGCGGACCGAACAUCGUGGUGAAUCUCUACUUCUUCGGCAUACCGUUGCUCACGCUCUUCUGGAACAAUGUGCUCUUCGUGUUCACCACCUACAAGAUCAUAUGUAUACAGAGGAGCACGGAGAUAGCGACGCGGGGUCAGAACAACGCGUUGCGGAAGAAGUACUUCCUGUUCCUGCAGCUGUACCUGCUUAUGGGCGCACCGUGGUUCUUCGGCUCGCUGCUCGCAUGCCUCAACAAUCUAGUGAUACUCAAGGUGUGCCGGCUGACACAGCCGAUACUGUGGCUCUUGAUGCUCGCCGGUCACAAGAAGCUGCGGCGGAAACUCACGAACAAACUGCGCUGCUUCGAGAGUAGCAGGGGAAAGGCCAACUCGUAAAUGCACCUCCUCUCUCUCAUUUUUGCCAUGUAGUGGUUUCGCCUCAAGAGAGAGCGCGAGAAAAAGAGAGAGAGAGAGAGAGCAAAUGAAUAAGACAACAAU